AUGUCUUUAACAUUUAUUCCAAGAGUAACCCAGCUUGAUUCACUACAACUUGAUGAAGAGCUGGAAGAACUUUUUAAAAACCUGCUUUUUCAGGCUACCAAAUAUUUGGAGCCAGGUUUUCUUCAACCCCUUUUACCUGAACUAGAACUGAUAUUACGAAGUUGUAUUUUUAAGUAUUCUUUAUGGGAUAGGAAGUGUAGUUUUGGCCAAGAGAUGCUAUCAAUAAAAUAUAAAACUGAAAAUUUUUCAAAAAGCAAAUUAUAUUGGUACUAUGGCUAUACUAUUGGUUUAAAAUAUAUAAAAGACAGAUCAUUAUACACAUUCACAUCUAACACAAAAGUACAAAAUGUAUUAAAUAGCUUGGAAACAUUUCAACUAUUUGGUGAUAUUUUUAAUUUCUUACGUUUUAUUCAAAGUGGGAAACACCCAGCUUUUAUAGAUUUCAUUCUUGGACUAGAAUUAUGUGCUGAUAAGGUUGUUAGAGAAGACUUGACUGAUUUAUCAUGGACCAGGGAGCUUCUAUGGCAUAAUUUUAUUGAAUUAAUUGGAACAUCAUUAUCUCUAGUUAAUAUGUUUGGAUUACGGCAGAAGCUCUCAAAAAUAUUAAAAUAUGUAUGGUGGAGAAAUUAUGCAAGACCAUCAAAUAAAACUUCACAAGCAACUAUGAAUGUAAACACAGUUUGUGCAGUUUGUUCUGAAAAACCAACACUGCCACACGUCAUGGGUUGCUCUCAUAUAUUCUGUUAUUAUUGUUUGCAGGCUAACAAGAUGGCUGAUACAGACUUUACUUGUCCAAAGUGUUAUUAUAAUGGUAAAUCUGUUACUAAGUUCGUUGUUAUUUAA